AUGCCUUUCUUCACGCUGCUCGAGGGGACCUUGCCCGAUCGACCGCUGGUCACCGUUUAUCACUACACCAGUGAGAUGGGCUUCGCCAAGAUCAUUGCGCGCUUUGAGGAUGAGUCCGGAGCUCUGCCAAGCCCCCAGGGCUUUGCCGAAGAGCUUUGGGACAGGCUGGUCGAAGACGAGGAUGGCCAAGAAGCUUACCACGACCUGGAAGUUCCAAGCGAGUCCUUCGCAGCGCUCCUUCGGCUGAGCGACCCUCCGGACUGCUUUCCGGAGCGUGAGAAGCUGUGCCGGGCCGUUGGCCGCCUCCCUGCUGGAGCAUCCGUAGGCAACUUCUUCGAUCAGGUUUCCUACUGUGCGCCCCGGCGCCGGCAUAGUGCCGCUGAGAGUGCCAGCGGAUCGCCUACUGAGCACGAGGGCCUCGCCGCAGAGCGUUUCGAAACGCAAGGGCCUGGCCCUCCAGCGUCUUUGUUGCGGCACCUGGCACAGCAGAGGAUGCGCAGAGUUUGGCUGGAGGGCUUUUGUGCUCUCAAGAUCUUGGAGAGAAGGUGUGCCUUGGCCCAUGGAGUCUCCGUUUGCAGCGAGUCCGACGACGAGAAGCUGCACUUUCGAAGUGUCAAGGAGGCCCAGCGCGUGGCCGAGCAGGAGCGACCGCCCGUUGGAGCGACGCCCGCCCGUGAGCGGCUGCUGGCCGAGGCGCAUCAGAUCGGGUCGGCUUUAGUGGACCGUUGGAGCAGGAAUCCGCCCUCCAUUGCAGCGAUCCAGCACACCGGCGAGGUGGCCUUCCUGGAGGAGUACCAGCAGAAGCUCCGCGCUGAGGACAGCGACGUUGAGACGAUGUUGAGACGAGACGGAUCCUGGUGA